UGAGCUGUGGGUGGUUGAUAAAAGCACAAACAGAACAGAGUUCACAAGAGAACCGCUGAAUCCACUGGCUGAUCCAACAGAACACAUUUUAGCUGCAUUAUCGAGCCUGAACACUUGGAAACAGUCGCUGAAGUUUUCAGGGGCCAACAUGCGGUUAUCCUGGAUAUUACUCUUGGCUUCUCUGGCUGCAGCCACCUCUACAUUGAGAUCACGAGAGUGGGCUCAUCAUGGAGCUUUGAUGUUUGCAGAUCUCUCUCCUCGAGAAAUGAAUGCCGUGAGGGACUACCUCUACUCCUCCAGCGAGCUGGGCCUCACUUCAGCAAAAGACAAAACCCUUAAGAAGAACAGCAUCCUCCUGAUGGAGCUGCAUGUUCCUCGCAAACAUGAGGCUCUUCGUGCGCUGGACAGAGGGCAGGCAAAACCUCCACGACAAGCACGUGUGGUGGUACAGUUUGGUAACCAGGCGAAGCCAAAUGUGACGGAGUACAUUGUUGGCCCCCUGCCUUUUCCGAGAUCCUACCACGUCAAGUCGUUCAAGGGUGACCGGCUCAUACGAUUUGAGUCGAGACCGAUUUCUUCUGUGGAGUAUCAUCACCUCAAUAGGGUUUUGGAGAAGAUAGCAGCUAAAACAAAUAAGAUUCUGCACGAAAGCACCGGUUUCACUUUCGGCAACUGCACCGACCGCUGUUUGACCUUCUCAGACAUUGCUCCUCGAGGGUUAGCACCCGGUGAGAGGCGGUCAUGGGUUAUGCUGCAGAAGUUUGUGGAGGGCUACUUUAUCCACCCCAUCGGCUUUGAGGUCCUCAUUAACCACAAAGAUUUGGAUCCCGAGAAGUGGGCAGUGGACAAGAUAUGGUACAAUGGGCAGUAUUUUGACAGUGUGGAAGAACUUGUGGAGAAGUACGAGAAGGGUACGAUCUCUAAACUCAAGCUGCCUGAGCAUGAUGAGCAGGAUCUUUUCUCCACCUACAUUCCUCGAGGACACAUGAACACACGGACCAACAUACAUGGAGCAAAGCUUGUGGAACCCCAAGGCCACAGGUACCAGGUGGAUGGGAACUUUGUGGAAUAUGCCGGAUGGUCCUUUGCCUACCGUGUUCGCUCUUCUGCUGGGCUGCAAAUCUUUGACUUGCGCUUCAACGGGGAAAGAAUUGCCUAUGAGAUUGGUCUGCAGGAGGCCAUUGCCUUCUACUCUGGAGAUACGCCAGCCGCCAUGCAGACCAAGUACAUUGAUGCAGGGUGGAUGAUGGGCAUCUCAGAUUAUGAGUUGGCACCAGGGAUUGACUGUCCAGAAAUUGCUCAUUUUGUGGACCUUUAUCAUUACUAUGACACAGACAAACCUGUACGCUACAAAAAUGCCCUCUGCAUCUUCGAGAUGACCACAGGGCUUCCUCUAAGGAGACACUUUAAUAGCAACUUCCAAGGAGGUUACAAUUUCUUUGGAGGACUGGAAAACCAUGUUCUAGUGAUUAGAACCACUUCUACAGUGUACAACUACGACUACAUCUGGGACUUUAUUUUCUACCAGAAUGGCGUGAUGGAAUCUAGAGUGAGUGCCACUGGGUAUAUCCAUGCAACGUUCUUCACAGAAAAUGGACUGAACUAUGGAGCCAAAGUUUACAACUAUGUACUUGGAAACCUGCACACACACCUGAUUCAUUACAAAGUGGACCUUGAUAUUGCAGGGCGGGACAACAGCUUUGAAUCCAUUAAGCUCAAAUAUGUCAACUUUACCAAUCCGUGGAGUCCAGAACACACCAUUCUGCAAUCAAAACUGCACACGACCCAGCAUGAAACCGAACGCAGUGCUGCCUUCCGCUUUGGCAAGAAUCUCCCCAAAUAUCUGCACUUCUACAAUCCCAACCAAAAAAACAAGUGGGGGCAUAAGAAGGGCUAUCGAAUCCAGUAUAACUCACAUGCCAAUAGUGUUUUGCCUCGUGGUUGGAAGGAGGAAAAUGGUAUUUCAUGGUCAAGAUACCCAUUGGCUGUGACCAGACACAAGGACAGUGAGGUCACCAGCAGUAGCAUCUACACACAGAAUGAUCCCUGGGAACCUCUGGUGACCUUUGAGAACUUCAUUCGCAACAAUGAAAACAUUGUUAACCAGGAUUUGGUUGCCUGGGUGACAGUCGGGUUCUUACACAUUCCUCAUUCUGAAGACAUUCCCAACACAGCGACUCCAGGAAAUGCAGUGGGAUUCUUCCUUCGCCCCUUCAACUUCUUUGACGAGGACCCCUCGCUCGCGUCCCGCAGCACCGUCAUCGUGCGACCUGAUGAAAAGGGCCAGCCAAAGGUUCAGAGAUGGACUCCAGAGGUCGUAGGUCACUGUGUCUCAGACAAGCCAUUCUUCUACAACGGCACAUACAGCGGUGUCUAGACAGAGACUGAAGCUCAUUUCAUGUUGUGUUAAAGUGUUUUUUUUUUGCUGUAUAUAAAAUGCUAGAAAAAGCUCAGAAUGUAGGACGUUAAAUGAUGAUGGUUUCAAACAUUUAGAACCAUAAUAAUGGAGUGCACUUUUUACAUUAUCCAGGGAGUUAAACAAACAAAACCUCAAAUUCUUUAAAGGUGCACUCAGUAACUCUUUUGUUUGUGUCAUCUUGGACUUACACUGACACCUAGUGGCUUGGAUGCAGCAUCAUUCAAAAUCAAUAUUUUUAAGUUUCAGAUGCCACUGCAGAGAUGUAUUCACAGUCACCUGUAAUUAAUUUAAUCCUUGAGUGAAGGUGUCCGAUAACAGGGCGGCUACUGAGAUUAAGCAAGUUGUAUUCGGCUGGUCAUGUGAUUUUAACAUGGUAGCCCGCUUGAGGGGACCCUCUCCAUGUAAAAUAAAACAGCUUUUAAAAUGUUA